AUGAACAAUUCCGGCUCCCCAGGUGCAAAUGAAUGCAUGAAGCACAUUAAUUUAAACAAUGAAUCUACCUGGAAUGACAGUACAACUACCAACAUGACAGUUGGGACCAUGAAUCAUCUUUUUAUAGGUGCCCAACGUCAGGAGCCCAACCACAUAGCUAUACCUGCCACUAUAUUUUACAGCCUGCUUUUUAUCUUUGGCAUUUUGGCUAAUGGUCUGAGUGUUUUGACCCUUAUGAGAAAUGGGAGGAUGAAAGUAAGUGCAGUUCGCUUUUAUCUCUUGAGUUUAGCUAUGGCUGAUGUAAUAUUGCUCUUCACUAUUCCGGUCACUCUCUACAGAUAUUUUUGGCAAUAUUACCCAUGGACUCUCUCUGAUACUGUAUGUAAACUUUACUUUAUGGUAAGACAGGUCUAUUGUGCUACAACUAGUUGGACAAUCAUUGCAUUUACUUCUGAGAGAUAUAUUGCAAUUUGCCAUCCUAUGUGGUCAAUCACAGGACUUAGGAAGUCCCGCAUGGUAUAUCUGUUAGUGUUUAUCUGGAUUUUGUCCUUCCUUACAACAAUACCUGUGGCCAUAGUGUAUGGAGAGUCUUCAGCUUGUAUCUUAGAUUACACUGCAACCUCUCAGGAAGAAGCGGUACUCGAUUCUACAGUAUGUGAAAUGAUCGAACCAAAGCCAUACAUUGUCUACAAAAGCAUCCUACAAACACGUAGUAUUUUGUUCUUUGUCAUGCCACUGGUCACCAUUAUUAUUUUUCAUCUUUUAAUUUUCCAUCACCUAAGCUUGAAUCAUCGCCAGAGAGAAAAAAUUGGACUUAAUGGCACACAUUGGCAUUUUACUUCAAAACAUAUAAAACAACCUCGGAGUCAUCCACUUAAUGAAAAAAAAGCCAGACAACUUAUGGGAGCUGUGGUUGUUGCCUUUUUUCUCUGCAAUUUCCCUGACACCGCCUCAUCGCUCAUGCAAAUAUAUAUCGAUAAUUGGAAUGCGCAUGUCUACAAAGUGUAUACCUGGCUGAAGACCUAUUUAUCUUUGCCACUUUGGUACCUAAAUAGUGCUUUGGACCCCAUUCUUUUUUGUAUUUCCUCUACAUCAUUUCGGAGUGCAUGUUGGGAGACACUGACAACAGUUCUACCAGGAAACACAAAAUCUUCAGAUGGGCGGGGCAAUACUUGCCAUGCUUCUUGUGCAAGAUCCGGUGGAUCUUCUCUUGUCUCUGCACCAAGUACACGUUCAACAUGGACACUGAACUCAAAUGAAGGAGAGCAGAAAGAAUGUGUUGGACAAGCUCGAAACAGUGACCCAAAGCUUCUACUCUUUCGUCACCUAAAUAUGAUGGAGAAAGGAGAUUACUCGGUUCCCUAA